AAGGAUGUUCCAGCAUCCCGGAGAUUCCAACAUCUCUAAGUUCCAGGUCUCUGAGUUCAUUCUGAUGGGAUUCCCAGGCAUUCACACCUGGCAGCACUGGCUCUCCCUGCCCCUGGCUCUGCUCUACCUCUUAGCUCUCACUGCCAACAUCCUUAUCCUGAUCAUCAUCAAUCAGGAGGCCACACUGCAUCAGCCUAUGUACUAUUUCCUAGGGGUCCUGGCGGUAGUAGAUAUGGGUCUGGGUACCAACAUCAUGCCCAAAAUUUUGGCUAUUUUAUGGUUCAACGCUAAGGCCAUCAGUCUCCCUGAGUGCUUUGUGCAGAUGUAUGCUAUACAUUGCUUUAUGGGCAUGGAGUCAGGUAUCUUUGUCUGCAUGGCUAUAGAUAGAUAUGUAGCCAUUUGUAAACCACUACACUAUCCAGCAAUAAUCACUGAAUCUUUUGUGGUCAAAGCAACUGUGCUCAUGGCCCUCCGAAAUACCCUAACUACCAUCCCAGUGCCUGUGUUGGCUGCUCAGAGACACUACUGCUCACAGAACCAAAUUGAGCACUGCCUGUGCUCUAAUCUUGGAGUCACUAGCUUAUCCUGUGAUGACAGGACAAUUAACAGCAUCUACCAGCUACUUCUGGCAUGGACACUGAUGGGGAGUGACCUGGCUUUGAUUUUUUUAUCAUAUGUUUUGAUACUUCACUCAGUGCUGAAGCUGAACUCAGCAGAAGCUGCUUCCAAAGCCCUAAAUACCUGCACUUCCCACUUCAUCCUAAUCUUAUUCUUCUACACAGUUGUAAUUGUCAUUUCCAUCACCCAUAGUGAAGCAAUCACGCUUCCCCUUGUCCCAGUUCUUCUCAAUGUACUUCAAAAUACCAUUCCUCCUGCCCUCAACCCCAUGGUGUAUGCACUCAAGAAUAAGGAGCUGAGACAGGGCUUGCAUAAGUUUCUAAAGCUAGACACUAAGGACAACUAACAUGACCAUGAGGCUCACUUUUAAUUUUCAUAUUAAUUCAUCGAUAUAUUCUCAAACACUGCAUAUUGCAGAAAGAAUUAAGGAACAUAAAAUCUGGCAACUACUCAGUAUAAGAAAUCUGGUGAAAAUGAAACUUCAAAAUAUAAAGUGAUAACUACAUUUGAAACAUUGGUUGUCAAGAAUGAUUUCCAGAUGAACAAAAUGAUGCUUAUUAUCUCAAGGAACCCAAGGGAGGGAUGAAUAGAAUAUGCAUCUCACUUUUUUACCUGGUUUCCCUAGCUAAAACUUCUAGA